AUGUCGUCCACCCAGACCGUCCAGUGCUUCGGCAAGAAGAGAACCGCCACCGCCGUUGCCCAGUGCAAGGCUGGCAAGGGCCUCGUCAAGGUCAACGGCAAGCCCCUCUCGCUUGUCCAGCCUGAGAUCCUCCGCUUCAAGGUCUACGAGCCCCUCCUCGUCCUUGGCCUCGACAAGUUCGCCAACAUCGACAUCCGCGUCCGCGUCACCGGUGGUGGUCACACUUCCCAGAUCUACGCCAUCCGUCAGGCCAUUGCCAAGUCCGUCGUUGCCUACUACCAGAAGUUCGUCGACGAGCACUCCAAGAACAUGCUCAAGCAGGCCCUCGUCCAGUUCGACCGUACCCUCCUCGUCGCCGACAACCGCCGGUGCGAGCCCAAGAAGUUCGGUGGUAAGGGUGCCCGCUCCAGAUUCCAGAAGUCUUACCGUUAA